AUGCAGCCAAAAAUAUACGCAUCCAUGAUCCGAAAAUUUAGGCCUCCUCCAGCUGCUUCCAUUGCACUCUGGUCCAUAAAGGUCCUAAGGCUAAACGAAAGUCGUCUUCCCAUCUUCUUGUUGGACGUCCCCGUUGUCUGCUUCCGUCUCUUGGGUACCAGAGGGUUACCUGUUUACUCCAUUUUUCUGUGUUACACCUUAGCAUGUGACCUGUCCAGCGCCAUUUCAGUUGCAUUUGGCUUAAUAAGUAUGGAACACUGUAUCUCGACAGAGAAUGAGAAAAGUAUUAAACUAGCCCAUUUUGUCAAGGCAUGUCCUGAUUGUUCGGAUAUUCCCAGAGAUCCGGUAUGUGGCAUCCAUCCAGAUGGUGAAGGAUUCAGAGUCAGAUCAUUUAACAACGAAUGCGACCUCAAAAAGUACAAUUGUGAAGUCAAAGAAAAUUUUACAAUCACAGAUUACUUUAUUUGUUCUAACAAUCCGAAUGCAGAAGCCAAUGAAACAAAUAACAAUAAAGAGAGAUUUCAAAAUAUGUUUAAAAAACAUAAAGACUCUGCGAAUGAACCAACUAAAGAUGACAAACUUCCAACGAUGAUCGAAGAAAAUAAUACCAACAAAUUUAAAAAUAUAGUGGUUUUACAUGGACCUUCGUCACUAGCUGAAAAUAUUAAUAAAACUUUUGCAGAUUUCUUUGCGUUGACUCAUACUUAUGAUAUACCAUUACAAAGCUUGAACCUAAGUUUCAACGAUACUACAAGAAGAAAGAUAAUUAGAAAUCUCGGUCCGGUCAAAGUGUUCAAACCUCAGUUUACUAAACCGAAAAUAGUCAAGGAAGAUUGGUGGCACCUGCCCACAUUACAAACCUGUUAUCAUAAAUGUCCAACGAACCCUAGCUCAGUAGCUACAACAGACACACAAAGCCGACAACAGACGUCAGAUAAUCUUAGUUCGAACUCUGGACAGUUUCAUACCUACUGGUCCAAUAUUUGGUCAAAUGCAUCAGAACACAACCAUGCCGCUACGUGGAUACGCGAUGACAAACAAAAACUAGGAAAUUUACCAGUUAUGUUAUUUGAUGCAAUCCCAUUAGAAGUGUUUGUCAGCGUUAUUACGAAAGCGCAUAACUGGAAGGCCGCAGGUACUGACAAAAUUCAUAACUACUUAUAUAAUAAAUCAACUUAUUUACAUCCAUCAAUUUACAAUUACAUUAAUAAUUUUAUCAAAAACCCUCAAUCAAUACCAGAAUUCAUUACACAAAGUUUAACUUACAUGAUCCCCAAAGACUCCGACCACGCGGGCCCAGCUAAAUAUAAACCUAUAACUUACCUACCACAACAUGUCUUGGUGGCCCGGAGGUUUAAGACGCCCGCUUCUCAUGCAUGA